AUGGAAAAUUCCAAUAUUGACUGGAAUCCAGUUUUUAAUGUUCCUUUACCAACUGAGUUUGCUCAUUGGCCGUUAGACAUGUACUUAGAUGAUGAUGAGUUUCGCGCUGGAUACCCAUUUUCGCCUGUUCCAGUGAUGAAAUCGAACGACGACGAGAAAUCACAAAAUUCUUCACCAACACCUGAUAACGAUUUUUCUCAAUCGAAUAAUUCGGACUACGACGCUUGUAUUUCAACAACGGAAGGUAAUCAUCAAAUAAAUGAUUCAUCAUCUGAAGAAAAAGAAAAGAAAUUGGUUGUUCUGGUAGAAUCCUGUCUCGUCGAUGGAGAUGAUAAUAAUCAGAAAAUAGAUACAAUUGAACAGAACGACUAUAAUAAACAAAAGCUCAACAGUCAUCAGCAGCAUUAUAUUGUAGAUCAAGCUAACGACACCAAUACUGAUAAUCUUGGUCAAUCAAGUAAUACAGAACCAAGUCACGAUGUUGUCUUAAAUUAG